AUGGGCCGAAUCAAGAAGGUCGCGGGGCAGAAACAUGAGGCUACUCUUUCUCCAUUUCUCGCGGAUUUCAUAGCUCGUGCGACGACCGUCUCGUUUCCAGAGCUUCCCUCACACCUGCGCACAUUCCCUCGCAUUUGGUCCUGGGUUCGGGGAGACCUGUACAACUGGAUUCCUGUUCUAAAUAAGUUUGAUGGUUUACUGGCAUCCGUGAUCGCGAAAUACGGACUCAACGAUGGCCCUCAGACAAUUCCCUUUGAUCAACGUUACCUCGUGGAAUGCUAUACAAUUGAAGAUCCCAAGCUAGACUCGCGGGACAUUCAGACUAAGCUUGCCGCUCUGGGCUAUGGACCGGAUGGGGACCGGGAACUCCUGGAAGCCGUGCUCGAUUUCUCGAGGCUUCUUCUAGAAAAAUGCGGCAACCGGAGCUUGUAUAAUAGCAGUGAACGCUUGGGGGAGUUGCUCAACACCACCUCGCUCAGCCUUUUGCAAUCCACGCUUCGUUUGUCACUUUCGUUGGCACAGAGGUAUCACUCACGCCAUCGAGGUAGCUCUCACCUUCAACAGAGCUUGUUGGCGACCCAUUACAACAUUGACCUUGAGAAGUUGCAGAAGAUUGCAGCCCCUUUUUCCCGCCCUGCUCCUCACGGACGAUUAGUUUCCUCUCCGCUUAGCAUCAAAAACAAGGACAAAUCGGCGCAGACUAAACAUGAUGCCAAUGAUCUGACUUCUCUUGCUCGAGAGACAGAUGGCUGGGAUGAUUGGGGCCAUGUCAACUUGCUGUACUACCCGUCUGGGGCUGAUGACCACCAGAAGCACGCCUCCGAGAGCGGGCCAGGGGCGCCUCAUGCGUACGCUCCCUCCACGCCCACACCUCUGCGUCGAAGUCACCCUACCACUACUCCAAGGACCGCCCGUAUCCCCCCGACUGAGGAAUCUCCCGCUUCUGUCGUCAAUACACCUAGUGGGGGACCGGACGAACCACCGCCGGGUGGAAAGACUUUAGAGAUCUCGAAUUCCAAAAUCUCUUCCACGUCGACUGAAGAAAUCAUAUUGUCUAAUUCGGAAGAGGUCCCUGAAGAACUGAAAUACGAGUUACUGAAUCGAGUUCGCACAGCAAAGGGGCUGGUAACCUCCCAGUCGACCAGAGAACAGAUACUUGCCAUAAGGAUUCUUGCGAUCACGAACCUGGCCUAUAUCUAUCCAGAGCCCCUCUUUCAGCAGAAAAUUCUUCAGUAUGAUAUGGAGCUGCCAAAACGUCUUCAAAUCACUUAUCAAUUGGGUGAACUAGUACAUCUCGGUGCAAGUGGGGAUCUUUCAGUCUCACGAACUGUUCAGACCUUCGCCAUCCAGGCUCUUGACGGUCUUGCGAAGCACAAAGCGCGGGCCAUUGAUGUCUGCGCGGCUCUAAGCGUCAAUGUGAAUCAUGGAGUUCUAAUGUUUUUGACCCGAAAAGCCGUCAAUGAACUGAGCAGCGAGAGCAAUGGAAAUGAUGAUGGUAGUGAGGAUGAAUGGCGGGAUGCUCUGUUAGCCCUCCUGCGAACCCUCCCCGGGUCAAGCACGAGAACACCAGAGACCCUUGUAGCUGCUGGACUGAUCCCCAUGUUUGUGGAUGUCCUCAACCUCCGCACCGACAGAGCUCGCCGUGUCUACUCCCGGGUUAUGGAAUUUCUAGACAGCUUUGUGCUUGCAGUUCGUGAUGCUUUCGGAAUACUGACUAAUGCUAAGGGGUUUGAUGCAAUUUCAGACUUAAUUGAAUUUGAGGCUAAAUCAUCCUUUGAGAAUGUGUCUCGAGGAGCGGGGAUCCCCAACUACUACAAGACACCCUCUAUCGAUUACCAGAUCCCCUAUUUUCAACAACAGACGCUCCGCUGGUUGUUUCGUUUUGUCAACCACAUCAUGCAACACAAUGGUGGUGGAUUCGACCGAGUGCUUCGGAACCUGAUUGACUCACCGCAGUUGUUGACGUCCUUGCGCCUCGUCAUUGAGAAUGCCUCCAUUUUCGGCUCCCAUGUGUGGAGCAACGCGGUGAACAUUUUGAGCAGCUUCAUUCACAAUGAGCCCACGAGUUAUGCAGUCAUCGCCGAAGCUGGUCUGAGUAAAAGCUUCUUGGAGGCCAUUACUCUUAUCAGUCUCAAAGCACCGGAGCCGGUAGCAGCUGAGGGCAGGCCUAUCGAAUCCUUAGCAUCUGAAACAGGCGAACCUGCCAUCGCACCGGACACAACCGCUGGCUUGCCGGCGGGCGAUGGAAAGAAGCCCAGGGAUUAUACCGUUGCAAGGUCGAAGGAUGCUCGCUUGGCUCCCGGUAUUAUGGCCGCUACGGAAGCGCUGUCGUGCAUUCCUUCAGCUUUCGGCGCAAUCUGCCUUAAUGGGUCUGGGUUGGAACUAUUCCAGUCGUCGCACGCUUUGGAAAGCUUCUUUGAGAUAUUUGAGAAUCCUGCGCAUAUAAAAUGUCUUAUCAAGGACGACACAAACCUUGUUCGGUCUUUGGGCAGCACGUUCGAUGAACUAGUGCGUCACCACCCCGCCUUGAAAUCCUCCAUCAUGACUGCGGUUAUGGUGAUGGUGGCACGCGUGGGAUUUUUGUGCAGGACGAAAGCUUGGUCGUAUGGGAUGGGCGCCAAAUUAUGGAAAGAAGAUUCGCGAGGGAAGCAGAUACUUUCAGGGGAGUCAUGGCAGUUAAUGAAGGCCAUCGGUUUCGACGCCACCGGAUCUGGCUCAUCUAAUGAUACUGCUGCUUACGGUGUCCCGAGCAUUAACACUGAGGCAACACUUCCGAGCGGGGGAAAGCUGUACAUGGGAAACGUGGAUGAGCUUCUUCCGCCCCAUGACGUCCAACUUGACCCUAAGGAUGAGGACCAAGAUGGGCUAACCACGACGGACUAUCUAUUUCCCGUAUUGCGGUUCCUUGGGGCUUUCUUCGAGAACCAGUCCAACUGCACGUACUUCAUCGAGUCUGGUGGUGUCGAGUUCAUUCUGGAUCUUGCCACUUUGCAAAGCCUUCCAUUUGAUUUUCACAAUACCGAAGCCAACCAGGAAUUAACAGUACUCGUCCACAUGCUCGCGGAAACCAAACCUCAUUUGGUUAUACCGUCUCUAGUAUCUCGCGUUGAGCGGACGAUCGAUAUGCUAGAAGAUUUCUGGAACUCAUCCUCUGAGCAGGGAUUCUUCACUUCCUUGAUGCAGCUGGAAAAGGAAGACCAAGGGGCCGGUACCGCGACGGUGGACGAAUCGGUUAGAAGUCCUGCAAGCAGAGGAACUUUCUUUGCGAAACAUAUGGUAUCUGCCUUGAUACUCUUGGAUCUCCUUCGUGAAGCCUUCUCCUUGCCUCUGUACCAGUCUAGGCCGACUCAGCAAACUUCUGCCUUCGCCCAAGUCAACCUGGCAGAUCGGUAUACUUCGCUUGUAAGAAAGCUAGGUAGCCUGCAUGCGGCCUGCGUCUGGGAGGAAAUUUUACUUGAAAAGAAUAUUCCAGAUACUUGGGAUCAGGCGACCAAGGUUCAGCCACCUGCGUCCGAGAGGCCGAUUGAUGGUUCAGGGCUUUUGACAGAGGGUGUCUCUAACUUACUUACACCCGAACCUCGACAAGAUGGGCCAUCAAGUGCGAGCCCUGCAAACCCAGCGACUCCCCAGCCGCCAAAUGACAAUCCUGCGAAAGUCCCUGAAGCUAGUGUGGCAUUUAAGAAUGUGCAAGUGCUUCGCUACCUUCUUAGCUCUUUGCCCUCCUCCAUAACAGGAUUCCUGCAUAAUUUGGGAUUCUGCCUAAUCGGAAAGCGACGGAUCGACGCCUAUCAAAAACAAAAUGCGACUCUAGUAGCCGAUGUUAUCGCUGGGACUGUCCUUGAACAAUUGCAGUUUAGACUCGCAAAUUCGAGUACUAGUCCCAAGCUCAAAUUUGCCUACCUUAUUGUCAUUCUGUCUUCAUUCUCCCAUUUGAUAUUUGAAGCGACGUCAGAUCGCCAUGGCUCUCAUUACCUUUCACUCGUGCUGUUUGCCUUCAAAAGGAACGAUGGACUGAAGGUUCUCAAAGAUGUUUGUGAUCUCUUUGUGCGCGAGGUCAAUGCCCUGACACCACCGGACUCGGUACCCGACACUGAAAGCGAUGUAUCUGCAAGGUUAACGUCCGCUUACGGCGGUAUCAAGAUCAUUCUUAGCUUCUUUGCUGAACUCGCUUCCGGCAAGAGCAUUGCCGAGUCCGUUCAAACUCAAGCCAUGACGAGUACUGAACGUGGUCGGCCCGAUUAUUUCCAGGCUGGCCAGUUCCUCGUAGACCUUCGCAUGGAGAUCCUACCCUUUGCACGCGACAUGUGGAAUUCUGAUUUUGCGACCCAAUCUACCAGCUCUGUGGUCAAAUGCCUAGUUGAUAUCUUACGAUCAUCACUCGAGGGUGAACACGAAACCGGAGCCGCUCGUCGCUCUGAUUCACAACCGAUACUGGCGGAUGUACCGAGGAAAGCAUUCCCCAUUAACAGAGACCGGGUUACUUCACUGGAGGAGAAAGGGUACGAAAGUUCGCUUGUUCGGGAAGCAUUGUAUCGUUGCAACAAUGUCCAUGUUUCUGCGGAGGAAUAUUGCAGAGCGCAAAGCUACCUGCGAGCCCCUGUACGGAUACCACCCCAGGCAAGCGAUAUUGAGUCGGCUCGUUCCAGUACGACAUCUGCGGCUGAUGGGGCGGAAGAUCCUCCCGGAAUAAAUCCUCCGCCUUUUGAUACUACUAAUCCUUUCUUCGAUCCCCAACAUCUUUCCAUGAUCUUCAGCCGGGCAGCAGAGGACAGUCACAACUCUGAUCAAGGGCAAGGCAUGCCAGAGGAGAUAACGCGAGCCUUGACUCACAUUCUGAGCCAAGGACAUGCGGAUGACGACCACGAUGAUGGCCCAGCUAGCAACCCGCCAGAGUCCAGCAUUGCUCGGGCAGGCAACUCGACAGAUUCUUCGGAGCAACGUCCUGAGCAGCAAUCUACAAUACGCCGUGAACUGAUCACGGUUGAGGAUCUGGAUGCUGAAAGGGAGCAAGUGCGUUCAAAUCUGAUUGAACGGUGCUUAGAUGUGUUAAACGAGCACCACGAUGUCUCUUUCGAAUUGUCAGACCUGAUUGCGUCCGCCAUUAAGAAACAUCCCGAGCCAGAGAAUUUUCGAAGGGAAGUUGGAGAACUGCUCGUUCAAUCAUUGGUUUCUUUGCAGAUGGAAAACUUUCACUCUGCUGGCAAGAAGGUUGCCGCCUACGCUCAUCUUCUGGCGCUGGUAGUCCAAGACAGGGAUAUGUACAACGCCACAUUAAUGGAGCUGAAGGAAUGCUUUGCAACAUUCCUUCAAUUCAUCUCAGUCCCCACUGAGAAGACGGCAGACGAGUCCUUCCCCUGGGUGGGACACGUUCUCCUUGUGUUAGAGAAACUGCUAUCUGACGACGCUCAACCGCCUCAAAUACGCUGGACCUUCCCCGAUGCCGACAACCCAGCCGGAGAAAAUGACGGGCCCGCCCAAUUGGAAGAACCCCUCGUGUCCAAUGACGAGAAAAUGCAACUGUUCGAAGCUUUGAUCGAGGUUCUUCCUCGAAUUGGAAAGGAUGACACUUUGGCUCUGUCAGUUUGCCGAAUCUUGGUUAUCCUUACGAGAAUUCGCAGUAUCGCCUCUCGGUUGGGAGAGAAGCGAAAUCUGCAGCGCUUAUUUGUCAUGGUCAAGCAACUGUCGAGCUCUACAAACGAGAAACUACAGGGCGCUUUCAUGCUGAUUUUAAGGCAUAUUAUCGAAGAUGACGAUACCGUGCGACAAAUAAUGAGGAGUGAGAUCGUUGCUCAUUUUGAGUCGAAGUCGAGUCGUCAGGUGGAUACUACAAAUUAUGUGCGCGCAAUGUACCAUCUUGUGCUCAGGUCGCCAGAGUUAUUCGUGGAAAUCUCGAACGAAAAGAUCAAACUGCCACGAUACGAGAGCCGCCAGCGCCCUCAGGUUCUCGUUCUCAAGCCGGAGAAUAAACCUGGAUUGGAUCCUGCCACGAACCAAGCCGCUGAAGGUACGCAGAAUGCUAGCGAGAAGCCCGGAAACUCUCAGGAGGGCAAGGACAAGGGCAAGACUGCGGAAUUGAAAGCGCCUAUUGUCGAGAACCCAGAUGGGGUCGUCCACUAUCUCCUUUCCGAGCUCCUGUCGUACAAGGAUGUUGAUGAUAAGGAGCCAUCGGUGGAGAAUCCCGACACCUCCGCGCCUGAUCAGUUGGAGACUCAGACCGAUGUAGAGAUGUCGACCGAUGAACCGGCCCCAUCCGUCUCUAGUACAGAAAUCCAAGGCUCGCGAAAUUCCAAGAAGCAAGAGAAGCCUGCCUUCCAAGCCGACGAUCAUCCGAUCUACAUUUAUCGAUGCUUCCUGCUCCAGUGCCUCACCGAACUUCUUUCGUCCUACAACCAGACGAAGGUCGAAUUCAUCAAUUUCUCACGCAAAGCGGAUCCUUUAACGAUGACUCCGUCUAAACCCCGUUCUGGCAUCUUGAACUAUCUCCUCAAUGUCCUUGUGCCAGUUGGUACAAUGGAUCAUGAUGAAUCUGUCGCGUUCAAGAAGCGCAGUAAUACAUCCGCUUGGACUAUGCGUGUCUUGGUUGCUCUUUGCACGAAGACGGGAGAAUUCGGUGGCCAUGGAAGGCGACGCAACGGCCAGUCUCCUAAUGAAGAUGAUGAGCCCGAGCUGGCUUUUGUGCGGAGAUUUGUCUUGGAACACGCCUUGAGAGCAUACAAGGAGGCAAAUGCUUCUAGCGAAGCUUUGGAUGUCAAGUAUUCCCGACUGAUGUCGCUCGCCGACCUAUUCGACAAAAUGCUCAGCGGAUAUGCUUUCGUUUCUGGGGACACCGCAUUCCCAUCUUCCACGAAACAACUUGCGAAGACGAUGUUUGAGAAGAAUUUCAUCUCUGCGCUCACAGCAUCGGUGUCUGAGAUUGACUUGAAUUUCCCCGCGUCCAAACGGGUUAUCAAGUACAUUCUACGCCCCCUGAACAAGCUUACGCAGACCGCUGUGAUUUUAAGCGAAACCUCGGAUAUUUCCUUGAUUGGCGAAUCAGAAGAGGAUGAAAUUUCAUCUGCAACCUCCGUCUCAGAUUUAGAUGACGAUCGUGAGGAGACUCCUGAUCUUUUCCGACACUCUACACUGGGCAUGUUGGAGCCACGCCACGAAGAGGAGACCAGUUCUGAGGGGUCGGAGGAGGAUGAUGAUGAAAUGUACGAUGAUGAGUAUGGAGAAGAAAUGGACUAUGAAGAAGAUAUGCCAGAAGAUGACGGCGAAGUCGUUAGCGACGAAGAAGACGACAUGGGUCCCAUUGAAGGUCUCCCUGGUGAUUCUGGAAUGGACAUUGAGGUCGUUAUUGACGAUGAGGAUGAUGACGAGGAUGACGAAGAUGAUGAUGAAGAUGACGAGGACGAUGAUCAGUCCGACAUGGACGACGACAUUCUCGCUGGUGAGAUCACAGGUGACCGGGACAACGAGAGUCUGGACGAAGGGGACGACGAUGAGUGGGUGAGUGAAGACAUGUCCGACGAUGAUGACGAGGCGGACAUCAUGAAUCAGCUGGAGGAUGAAUUAGCCGAUAUCAGACAGUCUGGCCAACGUGAUGAUGGCCAGCGCCUUGAUGACAUUUUCCGUGCCUUGAAUGAGGCGGCGGGUGGUGUUUUUUUUUUUUUUUUUGUCUUCUUUUGA